AUGGGAAUAGUUAUCCCAUGGAUAUUUUUAGUACUGGUAAUAUGGGCAGCACCGAGCACGAGUCUUAUAUGUUACCAAUGUUGGUGUCCAUCUUUUAAUACAGCUGCUUGCAAUUGCUCCAACACAUCUGAUGUUGAAGGUUCACAUUGUAUCAUCGUUGAAGAAUUCCAUUCAUCAAAUCCAUAUAUAGAAUUAUCUUCUACUUUUCUUGAUUCAUCAUAUAUUCGACUAAAAGACUCUUAUUAUAUUAUAUUGGAUGAAUCAAUUUUUUAUCAUGAGAUAACAAAGGAUUUGAAAAUGAAAACAAAACGUAUUGUUUAUGGAUGCGAUUGGAAUUAUUGUAAUGAAUAUUCUUUAAUUUCACUUUUACCUGAUUCAUUCAAAUUAACUAUGGAUAAAAAGUGGUUUGAAGAGAAUAUUUAUGGCAAUGGAUCAGUUAAUGCUUGUCAUACUUGUUCAAAGGAGAUAUGUGGAAAUCAAAUACAACCUAUUAACUAUGAUCAAUCUACAUUUACACCAUGUAAUAAUCCGACUACGUGUUCACUCUAUAAUGUAUGGCAUGAUGUUGAAACAGAUGAAUCAUGUUAUCGAUCAGAAUGUACAAAAUCCGUAUUUAAAGAUGGUUCGAAUGAAGACAAUCAAAAAUAUAAAGUUCAAGUCGAAGCCAUUGUUUAUUUAUCACAAAUUCGUUCAAAUUUGGAAAUUUGGAAAUUAAAUAUCAAUUGUGCCGUUUACAAUUGUACUCGUUCAAGUAUUUUUCAAGACGUAAAAGAACAAAUUAGAAAUGAUAUCAAUAAUUUAAUGACUUUUCCAACUGUUCGUCGUUCUCCAAUAGAUACAUCGCUAACAAUAAAAUCAGCUAUGAUAACUAUACCAACAACAACACCUACACUAUCAUGUUAUGAAUGUGCAUGCUAUAAUGAUCCUGCUUGUUCAUGCAAUACAGUUCGACCAGAUGAUGCUUCUUCAACUUAUUGUAUAAUUAUCCGUAGAAAUAAUGAAAGUGGUGAUUUUACAGUUAAUCUAGAACAUAUUGAUCGAAAUUCAUCUCGAGUUUAUAUUCGUAAAUUUCCUUAUUUACUUGCACAAGAGUCGAUACUUUAUAACGAAACUACUAAAGAAUGGACUACUCGAACUAAUACUUUAGUUUAUGGAUGUAAUUGGAAUUUAUGUAAUCAUCCUAGCCUUGUUACAUUAAUUCCCGAUAGUUUCAAAAUGACUUUAAGUGAUGAAUGGUUGAACGCAAAUGUUUUAGAUAGUGGAGCAUCUGAUCGUGAUUGUCAUGAAUGUCCACAAGCUCCUCAAUGUGGUACAACUGAAUUUAUUGAUGCUAGUCGAUGUCCAAUUAAACCAUGCAAUAGUACUUGUGUUGUUUUGGAUAAAUUUGAUAAUCCGACAACUAAUGACUUUUGUUAUCAGUCAUAUUGCAGUUCACCUGAAGCAGACAUUGAAGAAAAUCAACAUCGUGUUGAAUUGGAAGGUAUUAUCUAUGGUGAUCAACCAAAUUCUGUUGAAUUAUGGGAACUUGAUCUUUAUUGUCGAGCUGAUGAUUGCUCACGGCCGGAAAUUUUUCAAGAAGUUCGACAAAAUUUAACAGUAGAAACAAAUAACCUUACACUUCUUUUGGAUAAUUCAUCUCGACCAAUAGUUGAACCAGAAAUUAUUUGUUAUGAUUGCUUUUGUUAUGAUGAUCCUAUUUGUGCAUGUGACAAAUAUACAGUGUCUAGUGCCUCAUCAAGUUAUUGUACAAUUGUACGAGAUAAUUUUGAUGAAGACUUUAUUAUUGCUUUAGAACAUAUAGAUCGAAACUCAACUUUUGUUUAUAUACGUGAAUUUCCAUAUUUACUUGUCGAAGAAUCAAUUAUUUAUGAUGAAAAAACAGGAUGGUGGAAUACAAGAAAUAAUGUUGUUAUUUUUGGAUGUAACUGGAAUUAUUGUAAUGACCCUCGUCUUAUACCACAUCUUCCCAACAGUUUUCAAAUGCGUCUUCCAGAAACAUGGCUUGAUUCUAAUAUUUUAGGUACUGGUCAACCUGUACGUGAAUGUCAUGAAUGUCCAAAUGCUCCACAAUGUGGUACAACUGAGUUUCUCAAUACUACUGAAUGUCCAAUUCAACCAUGUAACACUACUUGUUUGGUCUCGGAUAUAUUUGAUGAUCCGGCAAAUGGCUUACUAUGUUAUCAAUCAUUUUGUGCUCCACCUGAUUCAGAAUUUUUCACAAUAGAUCCACAUCGAGUAGAGCUCGAUGGUGUUAUAUAUGGCAGUCGUCCUAGAUAUGUUGAAUUAUGGGAAAUUCACAUUUUUUGUCGUGCUGAUGAUUGUUCUCGGCCAGAACUAUUUAAAGAAAUUAGACAAAAUCUCUGUGUAGAUUUGGGCGAUUACACUCUCUUUUUGGGUAAUACAUCAACAGUGGGACAAGGUAAUGAGACCGCUAUAUGUCCAGCAACUACAACAAAUAGAACUACAACAUUGAGAACUACAACACCCGUCAUUACAGUUUCGGGAACUACAACAUCCAGCAUUACAGUUUCGGGAACUACAACAUCUAGAAUGCCAACGUCAUCUAUUACUAAUCCAAUAACAUCAACAGAACGUACAACGAUAAUACCUGGAACUACAACUUCAUUUGGGCAAACCACAACUGGACCAUCUGAAAUAACGACCAUAGCAGAAUCAGGCCUAUCGAUCAAUGUAGCACACAAUAUCUUCAUUCUAUUUUUCUUGCUGAUUUCUCUAAUCAAUUUAUACUGA